AUGCCUGCUGUUGGACAGGUCUUUGUGGAAGACCUAAGCGAGGUCUUUGUGGAUGCCAACAUCCACAUUUACCUUUCUCCUGCUGCCCGGGAGCCCCUGCCCCAUCCUCUGCCUAUGUUGGCACCUCGGGUGUACACGACUGUCCCGUAUGGGACUCCUGGAAAUGUUCGCCUUGAACACCCGCAAGAAAUUGCAGGGUUCUACAUCCAGGCAGCGGGAGAGAAUGUCGCUCGGGUCUCCCAGGUGAGAUCCAUGGGUUGUGAGCAGUGUGAUGCUGCGUACGGAGAAGAGGGAUCUCGGCAGAUUCCCUUCUUUACAGUAUGCAUAUCCUUUGGGAAUGUGCAGGGUGGUGCCUGUGCUUCCUGUGUCAUGAAACAUCAGGCCGCAGCCUGCUCUCUUUAUUCCUCCCAAGAUGAUCGGGAGCCCACCCCUCCUCUGAAGGAUGACACUCCUCGUCCUGGAGAACGUGCUGGGACUCGGGCCCAUGCGCGGAAGUUGGUGCUUACGGCUGCGCAAAGAAAUGGUGGUAGGAAUGCUGUUUAA